CUCAUUCUCAUGUACUAAAAAAAACUAAAACAUUAUCUAAUUCAACUCAAACGACGACCCAUUCAAACUCAACAAUAAUCAUCACUCGCCAAAGAUCCACCGUAAAAAUGCCACUCUCCUCCUCCUCCUCCUCCUCUUCUCCGGCGACAGACGAUGUAACCUCGCCGCUCCUGAAUCGCACCCGCCGUCCUCCGCAACCGUUACGCGGCGCGGCGUCACGGCUGCUCCGGCGCGCGAGCAGUCACCGGAUGAUGCUGCGCGAGUCGUCGGUUCGAGUCCGCGAGACAGCGGCCGAGGAGAUUGAGGAGAGGCAGAGCGAAUGGGCUUACUCUAAACCGGUUAUAGUCUUGGACGUGUUGUGGAACUUAGCGUUCGUGUUCGUCACCGUCGGAGUUGUGUGGUUUAGCUCGGAGGAAGAUCCUCGUGUUCCUCUUAGGUUCUGGAUCGUUGGAUAUAAUCUGCAGUGUUUGAUUCAUGUUGUGUGUGUGGUUGCUGAGUAUCGGCGUCGUGGUCGUGGAUCGAACCGGGAUUUGGAUUCCGGUUUAGGCCGCUCCGAUCAAGAAUCUGGAAGUAGUGUUGCUAAGCACAUUGAAUCAACGAAUGCGAUCUUCUCGUUUGUGUGGUGGCUCAUUGGGUUUUAUUGGGUUACUGCUGAUGCUGAGGAGCUAGCUCAAAGCUCACCUCAACUCUACUGGCUAUGUGUGGCGUUUCUCGCCUUUGAUGUUAUAUUUGUAGUCUUGUGCGUUGCGGUUGCUUGUCUUAUUGGUAUUGCUGUGUGUUGUUGUUUGCCUUGCAUCAUUGCGGUUUUGUACGCUUUGGCAGAUAGGGAAGGGGCGUCUGAUGAGGAGAUUGAAAGGCUUCCGAGAUUCAAGUUUUUAACAGUGAGAGAUUUAGAGAAAGUGAAUGGGGAGAUAAGGGAAACUCAUGGAGGGAUAAUGACUCAGCUUGGUGUUGAUUCUCCUAGUGAACGUGUGUUAUCAAGUGACGAAGCUGAAUGUUGCAUUUGUUUGUGUGGAUAUGAAGAUGGAACAGAGCUGAGGGAACUUUCGUGUAGACAUCAUUUCCAUGAAGCUUGCAUAGACAAAUGGCUACGUAUCAACGCUACUUGUCCUCUCUGCAAAUUCAAUAUCCUCAAAACCGGUGAACAAAGUGGCAAUGAUGCAGUUUGAAUCAAAGUUUCUCCAUUCAGAUUCAUUUAAAAGGGCUUUAAUGUUGCGGUGGCAGCCUGAGGCAACAGCCUACUUUGUUGUGUAAAUGCAGAAAGUAAAUAGUUGAGAUUAUUGUUUUACAUGUUGAGAUUAAUGUUAAAUAUAAAAUUUGAGGGUUUGCCGUGUGUGUUUGGAACAAGCUAAUUAGCUAAAGAGAGAAGAAGUUGUCUUCGUUUUAAGCUAAUACAUGUAGCUUUUUCCUAGUAGUAUAUAAAAAACAAAUUUCAAACAUUGGUUUCAAG